AUGCGAAUCGCGUCGGCGGCGGGUAUCGUAAACUCGAUCGGUUUAUUGAUCCGUCCGUACCGUUUUCGCGAACCGUGUUCCAUUAGUUCCAAACGGUUAUACGCGUUUGCGUGCGUUUGUAUAUAUUACACGUACGUACGUGCACGCGCGCGUACGCCGAAACGGCGAACUGGCCUCCGCUCCCGCUGCCCCUUGGCCCGCCGUCCGCGCCGUCUACGUACGGACGCCAGACGCGUCGUGCGGACCGACUCGAAAACGUUUCUAAUCGGACUUCGGAAACACGAAAUUAAUUCGGUCGUGAACCGCCGAGGGUGCGCGCGCGAAACCAAUACCCCGUACGAGUGCCGUACACGACAAUAAUAAUACGAGUAACAGUUGUCAAACAGUAACGGUGGCGCGCCGUCGAAAACCGCGCGCGUAACAGAAAUAACAUAACGGAUUCGCGACGUUAUUUCUCGUGCGCGCGCGAUAUGCUGUCCGACAACGUUACAUUUCCCACAAGUCGCCGAGCAUACGUACGCGCGCGAGCAUUGUCACGGAAAGAAGAGACGCCCGAAGGAGACGCCCGCGGGCGCGCGUCACACGACGGACGGCUGACCGCGAUCCGUUUUCGGGGGACGGACGGGGCAGGAGGGGGUGUUGGAUUCAAAACGAGUUUUCCGACAGGAUUCUCGGGUGACAAAACACCGAACGUUAUACGUGACGUGCGCGGCACACGCGUAUUGAAAAUUCCCGCAAAGUCCGUAAUAAAAGUCGCGGUGCGAAAAACGCUGUGCGACGGGAAAUACGUGAGAAAAAUCUCGAAUUUCAGGGAGGCUGUGACUUCCACUGCUUUGUCCACUUUAACUUACCGGUUGCGCCACCACAUCUGA